CAUCAGUAUGACACCAUAUCCUGCCCUACAGCUCUGUGUUCCUCAGCCCUGCAGCCUUCCUCUCGCCAUGCUCCUCCUCACCAUCCACGCGCUGACCUUCGCUGUGGGUUUCCUGCCAACAUCAUCACCUUCAUCAUCCUCCUCACCAAAAUCCGAUGUCACCGUCCUCAUCCCCAGCUCACGGCUGCCGACCUCCUCCUCCUCCACCUCACCACCGCCGGCCUCCUUGUCCUCCUCUUCCUUGCCUUCAAGUUGGCUGAGGUGGCUGCCAACAUGUUGUGGCCCUUCCCCAAAGCGCUCUGCCCCAUAGCAAACUUCUGCUUCUACUCCAGCAUCUACCUCAGCACUCUCUUUAUGGCUGCCCUCAGUGUGGAGCGCUACUUUGGGGUCGUGUUCCCACACCGCUACAACCGGCGCCGGAGGUUAUGGCGGACGAUGGCCGCCAGCGCCGUCCUUUGGGUGGUGGCAUUGUCCCAUUGUUCCAUCGUCUUUGUGGCAGAA